AUGACCGCCGCAGAGGUUGCAAGCGACGGUAACCUUCUCAACAGCUCGGAGCUGUUGAAGAAGAUUGAUAAGCUCCGGGAAAAAAACGUGGGAAAACAUGUUCCUCUCCCUCAGCUAGUCGUCGUCGGAGACCAGAGCUCGGGAAAGUCUUCUCUCCUUGAGAGUCUUACCAAAAUUCCAUUUCCUCGUGAUUUGGAGCUCUGCACCCGAUACGCUACACAGAUCACCUCCCGCCGUGAGACCGAGUCAUAUGUUGAAAUCUGCAUCAUCCCUGCCCCUGAUGCCUCUGUUAGGCACAAGACAAAGGUCCAGUCAUUUAAAAAGACACUUCAAGGCACCGAUGAUUUCCGUUCACAGUUUCCAUCCAUUUUGAAAGAGGUUAACGACUAUAUGGGAAUUCGUUCGGACCUUUCUUCCAAGGACGGGUCAGUCUUUAGUAAAGAUGUCCUACGUAUUGAGUUAUGCGGGCCGACAGAAGACUAUCUCACAGUCAUCGAUGUGCCGGGGAUCUUUAGGGAUCCAACAGACGGAAUCACCACUGACAAUGAUAUCGAGCUUGUUCGGGAUAUGGUCAAGAACUAUAUCAAAGAUGCACGCACUGUCAUUCUGGCCGUACUGCCAAGCAAUGUAGAUAUUGCUACCCAGGAGAUUCUCAAGCUCGCAAAAGACUAUGAUAUCCAUGGGGAGCGUACUCUUGGGGUUCUUACAAAGCCUGAUUUGGUGACAGAGCAGAGUGCCAAGGCAGGCUUGUGCGCUUUGGUAUUGGGACACAAAAGACCGCUCACACUAGGAUACCAUGUUGUGAGGAACCGUGGGGCGGAUGACAACGACUCGUUUGACCAUGGAGCAGGCGAGAGAAUGUUCGACAGCAACCCGUGGAGUUCCUUGCCAAGGGACAGAAUUGGCGUCCAAGCCCUGCGGCGACGACUCGGUGAGCUUCUUGGUCAGAUUACGGAACGAGAGUUCCCAGAGUUGCGUAAGGAUCUCAGGAUUCAGAUCGAUCUGUGCCAGCAAGAUCUGGAUCACCUGGGGCCUGCGCGUCAAACCGAACACGAACAGCGUGCAUAUCUGAGUGGAAUCGCACGUCGUUUUCAGAACCUCGCCAGGGCUGCACGCGAUGCUCAUUAUUCAGAUGAUAAAGCUUUUGAACAAAGCGAGUUCAGGCUUUUGACACACAUAGUCAAUCUUUCUGACCUAUUCAGCUCAGUCUUCCAAGAGAAGGCCCACCUACGUUGUUUUGAACAUCCUGCAUUGGCUACAGACGAUAGCGUACAAAGUGAAAGUGGUAGUGAGCCCACCGAUGCUGGCAAGGAAACAAAAGACUGGGCUCGUCUGAACGCCAAACAACGCGAGACGUAUGAAAGCCUUGAUCCUGGACACUUCCCUGAGCUGGAACAUAUCAUCAGCCGCGGUACAGGGACUGAAGAUCCUGGGAGUGGCGUCAAAGAUUGGAUCGAAGAGCUCUAUCUGAACUCUCGUGGACUUGACUUGGGAACCUUCGGCGGUACUAUUCUCUCUAGCGCUUUCAAAGAGCAGACCAUUAAGUGGGAACCCAUGACCCGUGAAUACAUAAGUAACACAAUCAUGGUUGUUCACCGGUUUCUGUGCAUGGCGUUGGGCAAAGCUUGCGCCAACCGCCAGCUGUAUGACAGAGUCUGGUCGAGCAUUCUGGAAGAUCUCCUCGAAAGGUAUAAGACAGCCAUGUCUCAGGCCCUGUUCCUUUUGUCAGUUGAGAGGAACCGCCGACCUUAUACCCUCAACAAUUCCUUCAGCGACAUCCUUCAGAAGAUGCGUGGUGCUCGGGUCGCCAAGAUGUUGGAAGGAAAUGCCCGAGGCGAGAUGAGAAAGAACGAAAAUGGUUACUGGGCAUCCUCUACCAAAAAAGUAGUGGAUCUCGAAGCAGUCAAGGAAGCCGCCAUCAACCAGGGCAACGUCGAGCAUGUCAAAGAGGAAAUUCACGACAUCCUUUGGUCAUACUACAAGGUUUCCCGCAAGAGGUUUGUGGACAGUGUCUACAUGCAGGCGGUCGAGCAUUGUCUCUUGACCGGACCCGAUGGCCCCCUUGAAGCUUUCAGCCAGGACUGGGUCAUCAAUUUGACUGCCAGUCAGCUGGAGGCGAUUGCGGGAGAAUCGCCCGUGGCCAAGGCGCGACGGGUGAACCUGAUGCAAAAGGUGGAGGAGUUGACUGCAGCUCUGCAGAUCUUGAAAUUUUGA